AUGGGUGGAGUGAGGGGUGUAUUUAAGACCGCCGUCCUCCUCAUCCUCCACAUCAGUCGCUCUUGUCUCUUCUCUCUUCACCCUGACCUGCAGGCCGGCGCUCAUCCUCCACUCAGGUAAGACAUGAUGAAGAUGACAGCUGUGUCUCAGCGUUUCUUGGAGUGUUUUUACUUGGAAAAGUAGGUUUUUUGAGAGGUGCAGCUAAUGCAUGGUGGACGCUGAAGGUAAACUGCCAGUGUUGUCUAAACUGACAACAAAGACAGGAAGAACUUCUCUCUCUGUGCACUGAUAAGAUAAAGGUCGAUCAUUUAUGUUUAACAGAGCUUGUCAAAAACUUCUGUUCUCUCUGAUGCUGCUGAUCCAUGAGGAUUUGGCACCCAUCCAUGAGGAAAUCUAAGAUGAGAUUGUGGUUAGGAAAGUCCUUACAGUUCAGAGGUGACGUAGGUUUAGAAAAAAAGGCAGGACUUACACCUGUAUCCCUUGUUUUCCACCAUCCGGUCCGAGCUAAAGUAAAAGCCUGAUCAGGUUGCCUCUGUGUGUCCUGGUUACAUCUCCUCUUCUUCUCCUCCUCCUCCUCCUCCUCUGCUGCUGCUUCGACUGUUUUACCAGCUUAGAGUUUCACUCUUAUCAGCUGGCUCACAUGUCCUGUUGCUGACUGUGCCUGACUCCCAGAGGUACUCUGGUUGGGGCAGAGCGACAAAUAGACAGAGGAUCAGUUUAUCAGUGGCACAAUCUUAUCAGGACCACUGGCAGGAAGGAAACACUGAAGCUGAAGAGGAGCAGGGUUGCAGGGUUUCUGCUCUGCCAAAUACCUCUUGUGUCAGUAGAUGGAUUCGCUGAGACACUGCAUAGUAAAUGUGUUUGUAGCUGUCAUUUUUCUUCACAUGCUUGCCCAUGCAUAGAUGUCUCCUCCUGUCAGCAACUCUGACAUCGAGAAAUAAGAUAUUUGUGUGCCACCAAGAGGGUUUCACCUGCGUUGAUUUGCAACAAUAUUGUCCAGAAUUUUUUCAGCAGGAUACUGACUUUCUCUUCUUCUCCAGAAUGUCUUUGCCCAACUCAGAGAACGCCUCCACCCUGGAGAGCGCCAUGCAGCUCAUGAUCCAAACCUUCCAUAAGUAUUCUGGGAACGAGGGAGACAAAUACACACUGAGCAGGGCUGAGCUCAAAGAGAUGCUCACCACGGAGCUCGGCAACUACCUGGGGGUACGGAGAUGAACGCUUAGCAACAUAAGAUGCUUGUUUCAGACGUGUAAAAUCGAUUAAAAGUUGUGAUUUCUGUUUCGUUUCCCUCAGAACGCCCAGGAUAAAGAGGCGGUGGAUAAAGUCAUGGGCGACCUGGACUCCAACAAUGACGGGGAGGUGGAUUUCACUGAGUUCAUCAUACUGGUGGGAGCUCUGACUGUGGCCUGUAAUGACUUCUUCCUUGAGUACAACGACAAGCAGGAGAAGAAGAAGUGA